GAGGGCUUGUGUGAACAGCAGCAGUGUAAAUCAGAAAGGUGCGAGGGCAGAAUGUUGCCCUGGCUGGCUGCUGGCCUGUGUCACAGCCCUUGUCACUGCAGAGGGAGGUGAUGUGGCUGCAGCAGCAGUGGGUGCCCCUCUGCUGGUUCCAGGCUGGCAGGUGCCAGGAGAGAUACACUGAGAUCUCUGUGCUCAAGGGCCCAGCACUGGUGGGUGAGAAUGCCAGGAAAUUGCCUCAAAGAACAGCAAAGGACUGAAAACAAAUUAUCCAUUGCACAUGUGCCCAUGCAGAUGCAUUCAGAGCAACAUCUGUUGCUUCCACUCCUGUGUCUGCCUGUGCUGUCACUGUCUCUGCAGCCUUACGUCCUCUCCACGGUCUGCUGCUGUGCCCUGCAGCCCUUCCCUGACCCUGGGGACAGCAGCUCCAACCGUCCCCAGGGUCUCCCCAGCGUCUGGCACAACUGCAGUGGCUGAGAAGGCAAGCACUGCGUGUCUGUUUAAGGACCCGCCUCUGGGCUCAACGUCACCAGCUCCUCCCCUGCACGGCUGAGUUUCUGUUUCCCCGGCUGCCUUGGUCGCCUCGUUUCCCACUUCGAUGCGGGCUGCAGGCAGGAUGGCAUCCCAGAGGCUGGAGGAGAAGCUGGUUUGCUCCAUCUGCCUGGAGCUGUUCAGAGUGCCCGUGACCUUACCCUGUGGGCACAACUUCUGCAAGCUCUGCAUCAGCAACCACUGGCAGCAGCAGCAGGCGCCCGCCGGGGCCGAGAAGGGCUACACCUGCCCCGACUGCCGCAGGGAGUUCGAGCGGUGCCCGGAGCUGAAGAAGAACGUCACCCUGUGCAGCGUGGUGGAGCUGGCACAGGAGGAGGAGGCGGGCGCCCCGGGCACGGCGGGGACAGAGGCGGCCCGUGGAGAGCUGUGCCCGCAGCACGGGCGCCCGCUGGAGCUGUACUGCGAGGAGGAGCAGCGCUGCAUCUGCUGCGUCUGCACCGCGCGGCACUGCCAGCGCCACCGGCGCCUGCUGCUCGAGGAGGAGCGUGCCAAGAAGCAGGCCCUUUUGCAAGAGUUCCUGGAAAAAAAACAGGAGGAAUCAGAGAGGAUCAAGCAGUGGAUGCAGGAGCUGGAGCAGCAAACACAGAGCAUCAAGGACUCCUCAGAGCAGCUCAGAUCGGUGAUUCUGAACAAAUUCACUGUCCUGAGGAAAUCUCUAGAGGAUUUCCAGUGGCAGACAGUGACCAGGAUUGAGAAAGAACAAGAAGCAGCACUGGGGCAGGUGGGGGAGAACUGGAGCAUCCUGAAGGACCACCUGGACAGCCUGGGCCAGCACAGGGAGAGGGCUCAGAGCCUGCUGGCUUGCCCUGACCACAGGACCUUCCUCCAGGAAUUCCCUCUGCUCCCAUCUCCAGAGAGCCCAGAGCCUCUACUCCCCGUGGAGUUUGAUGUGGCCACUGUGAUCAAACCUGUCAUUGAGAUCCUCACCAACAUCUCCAGGCUCCUACUGGAGGACCUGCCUGACUCUGUGCCCUCCCAAGCCCCUGACCCCAUGGACCAAGGCCCAGUGCAGCCCUGGGGGCCUUCAGUGAAGGUGGUGGCCCCUGUCCCUGAGUGUCAGCUCAGAGCUGAGCUUCUGAAAGACCACCGCAACCUCACCUUCGACCCCGAGACCGCCAACAAGUACCUGGAGCUGUCGAAGGGGAACCGGCGGGUGAGGCACAGCCCCAGCCCCAGCCCCGGGCGGCAGGAGCAGGGCCCUCGCUUCCAGCCCUGGCAGGUGCUGUGCACGCAGGGCUACGGCCACGGCCACCACUACUGGGAGGUGAAUAUCUCCAGCCACAUGGUCAUCCUGGGGGUGACGUACCCAGGGCUGCCCCGGGAGCGGCAGCAAGGCCACACCUUCAACAUCGGGCUGGACGGGGGCUCGUGGGGGCUGCAGGUGCGGGAGGACGGCUACCUGGCCUGGCACCAGGGCCGGCCUGAGAAGAUCCAGAGCCAGCUCUAUAAGGACCUGGGGGUCAGCCUGGAUUACAGCAAAGGGCUCCUCUCCUUCUAUGGCCUCGGGGAGCGGACACGGCUCAUCCACUCCUUCCACAACGUGUUCACGGAGCCGCUCUACCCCGUCUUCUGGCUGUGUGAGGGGCGAGUGGUGACGCUGCGCUGGAGGGACUGAGGCAGAGCCCCCGUGCUGCUCUGCCGCCCAGGGGGGCACGUCCCAGACCCGUGGCAAAGCCUGGACCUGUGGCAAGUCCCAAGCUGGUGCUGUAGCCGAGCUGCAGCCAGGGGCUGGUGCAGUGAGGGCCCCUGGUGCUGAAGCAGGAGGGGGGUGCAGUGUUUUAGCAAGAGCUGAUGAGGACAGAUGAGCAAAUGAACCCACCUUGAACUGCACAUGUGAAUGUCACGCUGGUGAGAGCUGGGAAGGGAUGUAGGGCUACUGGCCGUGCCCUGGCCUGGGGGUGAAGCCACUGGUCACUGUGGGGAUGUGCAGGUGCCUGUUGCUGCAACAGAGUGAGGGAUGGGGAGAGGGAGGUGCAAGAAUUAGGGUUUUCCUCUUUCUCCCAUCCUGGACAAACCUCCCAAACCUGAGGGAGAUUGGGGGGGAGGGGAGACUCCAGAGGGGGCUGCUGCAGCCUUGGGCUACUGUGAAGCAAUGCCAAGGGAUCCCUGUGCUCCACCAGCCCCCUGUGCAGGCAGGUUCUGCUCCCCCAGCCCCUCCUCAACCCCUCUUGUGGCUCUUGGACAUGGCAGAGCAGCUUUUUGGGGUACCAUGCUGCAGUUGCUCUUUGUACUAAGCUGCUUUCCCCAAAUAAAGCUUUAUUUUCUCACUA